UAUAUCUAACGCUAAUAUAGUGUUGACUACUACAUCCGGGAAUUUAUGCAGCAAUAUCCCUGAAGGAUUUUUCCAUACGCCAUUUUCUUCUGCCACGAGGAGCAAUGAGAAGCAGCAACUGGAAUCAACAGCUUCUUGAGGCUCAACGUUCAAAUAUUUCUCCUUCGGUGCGUUUGUUAAACAGGGUAGAACGAUAUUGCCGUCAUCAUGACAAGUGUGAAAGGCAGUAUGUACAGUUAGAAGCCUUUCAAGCCUUAAAAGAACGAUUGAAUACACAACAACUUCAGUUUCAGAAGACGCAUGUUGUUGAUACAAAAAUGAUAAUUAAGGUGCAGUAUGAAAAUCGCAAGAAAUACAUCAAAUUACAGGCUGCUGAUUUUGAUGAAUUCAUUUCUGAAGUGAGAGAAAAGUUCUCCAUUCCUGCUAGCAACAUUACAGUGGAAGAUGACUCUGGCACGGAGGUGGAUGAAACUGUGUUUGCAGAAUUGUCUGCAGUGGCAGGGAUUUGCUUUAUUGUGAAGGACGGUUUGGAUCACGACACAUCUCGGUCAUCAACUCCAUCUGCACCGCUGUCAUACAGUGGGAGUUCCCUCUCUGUUUUGAGUAGUGGCAGUGACAGUGACUUGUCAAGACAACCCAAACGAAUGAAAAUUGAUGAAGGGCCAUUACAGAGUGCUUUGGCCAAAGAUCUUAUAAAGCAGAUCCUCCAAACAAAAUCAGGAGGGACAAAAGUGUUGGAAGAAUAUGACGAAACUGGGACAUUGUGUGACAGUACAAGAAGGCAAAUGGUUAACAUUCUUGCUGCCUACAUGGUUGAAAUGGAAGGGAGAAUCCCUCAGCGGAGGACUAAAGAAAAAUAUGCAUUGGGAAUUGUCACCUUGUUCCCUGCAUUAAAAGAUCCUUUUUCAACAAAAGGAUAUGAACAUUUUUAUGAUGGCCAAAGUGGCUCUGGAUUUCUUGCGUGGAGGUUAAAGACAAUUCAACGAAAGACUAAAAUUGAGUUCAAAGAGUCUAAAAUACAGAAUGCAGGAGCAGGUGGUCCAACCCAGGAAAGGGAGCUGCCUUCGGCUGCUGAUCAGUUGGAUGAAGAACGUUGUAAAGAGUUCAUUUCCUUAAUGAACCACACCACUGACCGAGAAACUGUCCUGCAAAAGAUGAAGGAGACCUUCUGCUAUAGACAGCGCCUUAUCUACAAUCCUGACGAGUCGCACAACAUCCUCACAGUGUUUCCAAGGCUGUUGGACACGAAAGGGCUGAUAGAUCAAGAUUUUAGCCUCCUAUUUGGUGCAGAAACGGCUGCCAAACUGCUUGAGAAGUGGCCUACCUUCUAUAAGGAAAAAGUGAUCAGAGAAGCAGAGAGACUUACUACCACCUCAGUGAUG